AACGUGGCGCGGUCUUACACUAAGUAAGAAACACCAACGAAACUAAGCCCAUCGUUCUUCUUUUUCCUUUUUUUUCCCACUUUCUUUCAUUUUCCCACCGAACCUUUUUCUUUUUCCUUUUCCAUUUGUCUUCCCUUCGCCUUUAUUAUUAUUUUUUUCACUCUUCUUCCUUUUAAAAUCCUCGCGGCACAAAUCAAUGCAAACGGAAAACGCAGAAUCGCAACUCACGAGAGUCACAUCUACGCCAUGAACAAAUCGCAGUCGAAGAACUCCAAGUCCUCGACUCAGUUCGACUCGCCGCUCAGCUUCUACUCCCCGAUGCACGGGGACGGUACCGAGUCGCCGGAGUACCGGUCGCCGGAAAACUGGCCGGAGAAGCGCGACAACUCCAUGGCCAUCGUGACCGCCGGCAAGCUCAAGCAGUUCACGCCGGAGAAGCGCGCAGAGCACCGGAAGCCGCCGGAAAAUCCGCCGUCGACGGCGGUGAUGGUGUUCAACGCCUCGUCGGCGGAGGAGGCUCAGAGGCCGGCGGCGAAGGCGGCUCCGGUGAUCGGAGGAGAACGGAGAUCGAGGUCGGCGGCGACGGAGGAGACGGUUAGCAAGGCGGCGCUAGGGUUCCGGCUGAGCGAGGUUGUGGUGUGUCUGAUUUCGUUUUCUGUUAUGGCCGCAGAUAAGACGCAAGGUUGGAGUGGUGAUUCAUUUGAUCGCUAUAAAGAAUAUAGGUAUUGUUUAUCUGUGAAUGUUAUUGGAUUUGCAUACUCUGCAUUACAAGCAUGUGAUCUGACAUGUCAAAUUGCCACGGGGAAACGCUUAAUCAGUCACCACCUUCGCAACCACUUUGAUUUCUUCAUGGAUCAGGUUCUGGCAUAUCUUCUGAUAUCGGCAUCAUCAUCUGCAGCAACACGGGUUGACGAUUGGAUAUCGAAUUGGGGGAAAGAUGAGUUCACAGAAAUGGCCACUGCUUCUAUUGGAAUGGCCUUCCUCGCUUUCGUUGCCUUUGCUAUCAGCUCACUCAUCUCUGGUUACACCCUAUGCAACCGAAGCUCCAUGUGAACCUCAAACUUCCUAGCUCUUACAACUUGUCUGUCUAUAGAGUUUUUUCUCUUGUUUCACUUUAUCUGUGACGGAAUCGAUUAAAGAAACUGUUGAUGCCCCUGGCUUUUCACUGUACUAACGGACUUAUGUAUAUAUACAGUUUCAGUAUAUUAUUGGUGUUGCAAAUGGGAGGGUGGAGAAGCAGAUUUUCCUUGUUUGAUUUCCGUUCAAAUACACCCUUCUUAAUUCUUA